CUGGGAGGGAUCCAAGUUGUCACAGGGCCACUAGGAAGAUCCUGACAAGUAGUCACAGGGUGUCAGUGCGCACCACAUCCAGUAGUUGUCUCUUGCUUGUAUUACGGUAAGGACUGCGCACCCAAUUCCUGUUGCUCAUUAUUAUGUUGUAGCGGAAAAGCUGCGCAGUGACUUACGUGCAGGUGCUGUUCCUUGUUGUAUUCCGACCCGGCGGCUACAGGAAGGCGGUUCGGCUAAUGGAAUAUGGACUGUAUUCCAGUAACUAUCAAUGAUGUUGAGGGCAAAAAGGACACGGUCACAGAAGACCCAGAGCACAAUGUGUACACCAGGUUUAUGAAGUCCCACCGUUGUUAUGACCUUGUACCCACCAGCUCCAAAUUAGUAGUGUUUGAUACUUCACUUCAGGUGAAGAAGGCCUUUUUCGCUCUUGUUUCUAAUGGGGUGAGAGCAGCUCCUCUGUGGGACAGUAAGAAGCAGUGCUUUGUUGGUAUGCUAACCAUCACAGACUUCAUUAACAUUCUUCAUCGCUAUUACAAAUCUCCCUUGGUUCAGAUAUAUGAGUUGGAAGAACACAAAAUUGAGACGUGGAGAGAGCUGUACCUUCAAGACUCCUUCAAGCCUUUGGUUUGCAUAUCUCCCAAUGCAAGUUUGUAUGAUGCAGUCUCAUCUCUGCUGAAGAACAAGAUCCACAGAUUGCCUGUAAUCGACCCCCUCACAGGAAACACACUCUAUAUUCUCACACAUAAGAGGAUUCUCAAGUUCCUGAAGCUUUUUAUAUCAGAGAUGCCAAAACCUUCAUUCCUGAGACAAACUUUAGAGGAACUGAACAUCGGGACAUUCCAGAACAUAGCAGUGGUCCGUAAAGACACGCCACUGUACACAGCUCUGGGUAUUUUUGUUGAGCAGCGAGUGUCAGCACUCCCUGUUGUGGACGACAAAGGUCGAGUGGUGGACAUAUACUCAAAAUUUGACGUUAUAAACCUGGCAGCAGAAAAGACGUACAACAACUUGGACGUGACAGUGACCAAAGCCUUGCAGCACCGCUCUCAGUACUUUGAAGGAGUGCUGACAUGCAACAGGCAUGAGACACUGGAAGCCAUUAUCAACAGACUUGUGGAGGCUGAGGUGCACAGGCUGGUGGUGGUGGACGAGCAGGAGGUGGUGAAGGGAAUAGUGUCCCUUUCAGAUAUCCUCCAGGCACUAGUGCUGACUGAUGGAGAAGAAGGUAAAUACAGCCGUGUGGCUGUCUUUGUCACAGCUUGACUAAGUCACUGAAAUGUGGAAAGGCUACGUAUUUUUAAGACGAGGCCAGAGCAAAUGGAGAACGAACAGAUAUUCCAGAGGGAAAUUAAAACAGUGUACAGAAGUAUUAUCCAUCUCCUGUAACAUUCACAGAUGAAGACUUCUCCCUUUCUGCAAAAUAAAAAUAUGAUGUUUUAGCAAUACAACAUAUACUUGUAGUAGCACAGAGCUUCUUGAAAAUUGAACCAAUUUCUGAAUCACCAUACAGCCAAAAAACCUUUGAGAAGGAGGUGUAGUCACUCAAGGAAACUCAGCACUUUACUCACCUCAGUAGCUGAUCUUCAUAGACAGGGUCAGUUCUUUGUGACUGAUUACAAAAAAUUUCCCAAUAAUAACCAAUUACCUUGUGAAGGAGAACUGAUAUCCCUGUAUGGUCAUUUGUUUGAAGUAUUUCAUUUCUGUUAAAAGGAUGAAAUCUACAAGCACAUAGGGCCUGCCUCAAGGUAAUAUUAAACUGGCUUUGGCU